UGAAAAGAAAAUAAAUACUCACCGGUAUAUUCGUUGAGCAUUUGGAUUACAAGUUGAAACUCUAUCUCCCACGCAUUUUAGGUAUUUGCGGAAAUCUGAGAAGAAGCGCCGAAAAAUCCCAUUCCUUCUAUAUCCCAUAUGUCCACCUCUACCGUGGUUUAUCUUAGAUCUCAGAUUCUCAAUCUCCGUUCUCUGCUGUCACUAUCAUUAUCUGGUAAUUCUGAAUUCCUCUUUUACCAAAUUUGAAACCUCAAUUGCUAAAACAAACCCUCCCUCCGAAUUUGUCUUAUCGAUUUAGGAAUCAGGGUUCAGUAAGAUGCCAUCUGGCAUUCUCCCAAACAUGAAUGGUGCCAUAUUUGCUCUUGGAUUCGUGAAGCAAUAACAAGGAGGGAAUUUAGCUCUGUCUCUAAUCUUUGUAUUCAACUUCAAUCAAUGGCUGCUUCGGCUUCGAAUGCAUUGCUGCUGGGAGAUGACGUAAUCGCCAAGCCAACUGGCGUUUACUUCAGAGACCGAACUCGUAAAGGAUGUUUGAGAGCUACCGUGAAUCUCAGAAGAUCACAGCCGUUGAUUAGUGUUGUGAAUUUUAUCUGUUCCACGUCAGAUGCCAGUUGGAGGAUUAGCAAUUUGAGUUCGCUUCAUCAGCUCAAGAACUCUUCUUUUGCUUGCUAUUCUGCUGAAGCAGCUCGUGAUGUUGAACAGCUUCCAAGUUCAAACUUUUCAAUUGACCAGCAAACCAAUGUUGGUCGAAAGAGUUUGACGCUGUUUUCGGGGUCAUGUUACCUACCGCAUCCAGAUAAGGAGGAUACCGGUGGAGAGGAUGCUCAUUUUAUUUGCACAGAUGAACAAGCAAUUGGUGUUGCAGAUGGUGUAGGUGGCUGGGCAGAUGUUGGUGUUAAUGCAGGAUUGUUUGCCCGAGAACUUAUGUCCAAUUCAGUUAGAGCAAUUGCAGAGGAGCCUAAAGGUUCUAUUAAUCCGGCAAGGGUCUUAGAGAAGGCUCACUCAAAUGCAAAGGCCAAGGGUUCAUCAACAGCUUGUAUCAUUGCCCUUACGGAUAAGGGACUACAAGCUAUUAAUUUGGGUGACAGUGGGUUCAUUGUGGUUAGAGAUGGAUGCACCAUUUUCAGGUCCCCUGUUCAACAGCAUGACUUCAAUUUUACGUAUCAACUGGAGAGUGGCAAUGGAGGUGAUUUACCCAGCUCUGGUGAGGUUUUUACGAUACCUGUUGCCCCCGGAGAUGUUGUCAUUGCUGGAACAGAUGGAUUGUUUGAUAAUCUGUACAAUAAUGAAGUCACUGCAAUUGUUUUACAUGCAGUUAGAGCUGGACUAGAACCCCAAGUAACUGCUCAGAAGAUAGCAGCACUGGCUCGUCAGCGAGCACAGGACAGGAAUAGGCAGACACCAUUUUCUACUGCUGCCCAAGAGGCUGGGUUCCGUUAUUAUGGUGGGAAGCUUGAUGACAUAACAGUUGUUGUGUCAUACAUAACCAGCUCAGUAAGUGUGAGUUUUUUGCAAUCUUAACUUUGCUACAUUUUGUAUAUUCAUAUCUGUUCUACAGUUGCUGCGUCACCAACUUGUCUGUCAUUUUUUACCUGAAUGCACUGCCGGUUCUAAUUUUUUUCUAAAACUUGAGUUGCUACAGUAAUCAUAAAAAAACGUGGGCCAUAUGACCUUCAUUCCUUCCUGCUUUGCAUUUUAUACACCCGCUUUUUUUCUUUUUUGGCUAUCUGCCAUUUUUUUAUGAAUAUAAUGAACUUUAAUGUGAGGACCAAUUAUCCCCUCACUAACAAAAGCUUCUAAAACCAUAUUUGAUAAUUUAUGGAAGUUACAGAUGGACCCUUUGGCCGAGUCAGAACCUUUAAACAAGAUAGUGGGUUAAUGAGUUGUGCUAUUAUUUAUUUAUGGCAAACCAGCCUUCUUGGGGUAUGGUUAAUUGAAACGUAACCCCAUUCAUACCCAAAAAUUGCAUUCCACCCAGCUGAAUGGAUGGCAUUAAAUGUGUUGUUGGUUGAUACACCAUUGUUAACCCCAUUCACCUCCUUGAUGCUGGGGCUGGCUUGUGAUGGUGGUGUCAUGGCUGGGUAGCACAGUGAUGAUGGAUAAGGACAAUGGUUCUGUGGCACGAUGUGGGUUUGGAGGUGACUGAUGGUGGUUUGAUCAUGCUGUUCCAUGGGUGAUGUGGCUUGGGUGGUUGGGCAAUGGAUGCUCAUGGUUGUGCAUGGCUAGAAUGGUUAGAGGAAGAGGCUGGUGUGUUCGUGAAAUUGGGGCUAGAUGGGUUUUUGAUUGCUGGUGGUAAUGGUGCAAUGAAUUUUGAGAUCUGUUGGUUUGGCCUUGCGGUGGAGGUGAUGGUGCUUGCUUAUGAUGAGUUUGGUUGCAAAUGGUGUUUGUUGCCUGGAAAUAGAGGUUUGAGUGUGUUGGAGGUUCAGAAAACUUGGGUUAGUGGAGGUGGAUGAGGCUGCUUCAUGGUGGCUGUUCUGGGGUGGAAUGGUGAUGAAUGGGGGCUCACGAAGGAGUUGUGCAUUUUUUAUUUUUUAUUUUGGAUUUAGCUAUUUUUGGAGCUUGUUCAUGAUUUUGUUUGUAUUUAGGCAGAGGUUUGCUUUGCUGGGGUAAUGGUAUGUAGAUAUUGUUCUGGUGAGUAUGGUGGGUCUGUUUUAGUGCACUUUGGGUGGUUAUGGCUGAGGAGUUGUAUGCAUUUUAUGAUUCUGUUCCCGGGAAGGCUCAAAAGCAGGGGAUUGGAGUGGGUGUGUUUUGAGCAACCUCUCAUGGUAAUAAACAGGGGAAUGUUGGUAGAGAUAUGCAAUGGAAAAUUUGGCAGCUGCAACCACAGUCUAGAAAGAAGCAUAACCCUUGGUCGGUUGGUUGUGUUCUUGAACACCCAGGCCGUUGAAGAAAGCCUCAAAUGGUUCUUGAUUUAUUUUUUCAUAUUCUGCGUUAAACCUUGAUUAAGCGAGAAUAUUUCAUAUGAAGUAUUUUCACAAAACAGUUACUGCUAUUAAUUCGGUAGGGGGAGUGCAAUUUUUGGGUGAGAAUGGGAUAAUGUGUUAAUUAGCCAAACUUAAGGUAGUUUGUAGUAUUUGCCCGUUAUUUAUCUAUUGAAAGAUUAAACAAAAAGAAGGCAUUAAGAGAACUCUUCUGUUGUACUUAUUUAUUUUCUCCCUCUCAUAUUGUUGCU